GCACUGCUCGUGCCCGCCGCCUGCGGCUCGCGCCCGGGAACGCCGCCGGGUCCCCUGAGCCCGCUGCAUCCUUUGUGCUGCGCUUCGGUUGCGCAGCGGGGCCACGGGACGAAAUGUGGACGCUGCGGGGACUUUUCUUUCCUGGCCAAACUCUUGAAACAAUGGACUGUAAGGGAAGCAUGGAUUGAGGGGGGCGAGCGGGGAAGCAAGCUGCUGGGGGAAUCAUGACUUCUGCCGCCGAGAUUAAGAAGCCACCAGUGGCCCCCAAGCCAAGGUUUGUGGUGACAAAUCAUAAGCCAGCCCCACCUCCUGUUGCACCCAAACCCGAUAUUGUGAUGCCUAGUGUUCCACAGUCAACAAAGAAAACCAAACCAGCAAUAGCCCCAAAGCCAAAAGCUCUGAAGGCUUUACCUGUUCGUGACAUGGUGCAGUCACCGUCAAAGAAAAUCACUGUUAACCUGGAAGAGCAUAAACAGGAAUUACCUGAAAGCACUGACAACUCGACUUGCAAAAAUGUGGGGCAUCAGAACAGUGAUUACAUUUUAUCCAUGUGUUCCUGCAGUUCUGAGUGUAUCCAUAAACUUGGGAAUAGAGAGAAUUUAUGUGUAAAGCAGCUUGUCUUAGAGCCCUUAGAAAUGCCUCAAAAUUUAGAAAAUAGUAAAAUUGAUGACUCUUUUUCCACUAUAAAAACAAAGAGUAAAUGUGAUUCUAACGGUGAAACUGUUAAGAGCCAGAGUAGAGUCGGUUUAAAGGCAAGCAUCCUAGAAGAUAAGCUCAAGGACGUUUUAACACAGCGAGCGUCACCUUUUAUUUCCCCACAAAAACACAGAUCCACAGACAACCCAGAAAUGAACGAUGGCUGUAAUCCCAGCAGACAGUUCAGAAUUGACUUUGCAGACGUGUCACCUUCCCGGUCCAGCUUUGAGAAAGCUCCUGAUCACCACUGCCAUCGACAACAUCCUAGCGGUGAAUUUCAGAAUUCUGAAACUUGUCAGGAUGGCUGUGAAAAAAAUACUUGCUUUCAUUCAUCUGAACAAGAAGCUCUGGCAAAUGGCAAAAGAAAUAUGUUUUUAUCUUCAGAUGGAGUUAGUAAGAAAUCAGAUGUCAAAGACCUUGGUCCCUUAGAAAUUCACUUAGUACCAUAUAGCCCCAAAUUUCCAACUCCCAGGCCCAGGAAGACACGCACUGCUCGCCUGUUACGCCAAAAGCACGUUGAUGCUCCCAGUGAAAGCACUGAAGAACCAGAUAAUUUACACAGUAAUUCUUGUCUUCUUGAAGAUAGUUUGAAAAACAAUAAAAUCAGUGUUCUUUAUCAGAAUGAUUUGUGUAACCAGGAACAGGUGGGCAAAGUGAAGCCAGGAAGUAAAAGUGAACUGAAUGUGGAUUCCAACAGCGACAGACAAAACUUCGUUGGUUCAGAGAAAACCAUGUGCCAUGAAACAUCUUCCUCUGAAAAGGGGACACCUCCUUUAGAAAUAGACUCUAAUUUGAGUUCUGACAGCAAGACAGUAGGUGGUUCUAGUACGUCACUUGCUGUGGACAAUGGGGCCAGUUUUAUAAGAUGCACUACUCUAUCUAUGAGCCUGCCUAAGCAGGUGAAAUUUACUUGCAACAAACAUUUACCUGCUGCCUGUAACCUGGGAGUGUCUGUCCCUCAGACACAAAAGGAAUCUACAAUAAAAGAGGAAAGUUCCUCAAAAAUUGCCCCCAAAAAACCUCAAAGACACAGCUUGCCUGCUGCGGGAGUGCUUAAAAAGGCUGCCUCAGAAGAGCUUGUGGAGAAAAGCUCUUAUCCCUCAAAUGAAGAAAAAAUUUCAGAAAAGGAUCCAGAAAGCAACCACCUUGGACCAUUGUGUGCCCGAAACCAUGGUAUGUCAUCCUCUUUUGAUAUGCCUAAACGGACUUCAGAAAAGCCAGUGUGGAAAUUACCUCAUCCUAUUUUACCCUUUUCAGGGAACCCCGAAUCCUUAAAGUCUGUCACCGUAUUCUCAAAUAGUGAGCCUCCUACUGCCCUGACCAAGCCUAGAGCAAAAUCACUAUCUGCUGUGGAUGGCGAAAGGUGCACCAAGCCUUGCAAAGACACUCAAAAGAAAAACUCUUUGAAGAAGUUGCUCAACAUGAAGCUGUCCAUCUGUUUCAUGAAGAGUGACUUCCAGAAAUUCUGGUCCAAGAGUAGCCAACUUGGAGACGCAACCGCAGGCAGCCUCUCCGGUGGGGGUCGACCGGGGAUUGAAAGUGAUUGGCAUGGCUUGUUGGUAGGAGAAGAGAAGAGAAAUAAACCCAUCAAAGCAUAUUCUGCAGAUAACUACAGCCUGGAAUCCCAGAAGAAGAGGAAGAAACCUCGGGGCCAGACCAGUGCAACGCAUGGACCAAGAGCCGAGUCUCUGGAUGACCAAAUGCUCUCCAGGGAGGCAGUGUCUCAGGUGCCUUGCAAAUCUGUGACAAGCAACUGUACGCCUGAGUAUGAAAAUAUACAGCAUUAUGAGGAAAUACCGGAGUAUGAGAACUUGCCAUUUAUUGCGGCUGAAAGGAAAAUUCCAGAGUUGGAAUGGCAGAGUUCCAGCGGCAUGGAGGACCCUGAUGCAAAUGUGUACGAGGUAGAAGAGCCAUACGAAGCUCCAGGUGGUCAGCUGCAACUUGGGCCUACACAUCAGCAUUCCAGCCGCUCUGGAGUAUCCCAGGAGGGACACAAUGAUCUGGAUCUCGGUCUUGGUGACCUUCCCUCGGAUGAGGAGGGAAGCAUCAACAGUUCCGACGAAGACGAUGUCAGCUCUGCUUCUAGUAAAGGGGACCCUGACCUGCUGGGAGAUAAACAGGAUGAAGAAGCUGGAAUAAAAAGCAAAGUCCAUUAUAUUGCCAAGGAGAUCAUGAGCUCAGAGAAAGUGUUUGUGGAUGUGUUAAAACUUUUGCAUAUUGAUUUCCGGGAUGCGGUAGCCCAUGCUUCCAGGCAACUUGGGAAACCAGUGAUUGAGGACCGGACCCUAAAUCAGAUCCUGUACUACUUGCCUCAGCUGUAUGAGCUCAACCGGGAUCUCCUGAAGGAGCUGGAGGAACGAAUGGCGAACUGGACGGAACAACAAAAAAUUGCUGAUAUUUUUGUAAAGAAGGGACCAUAUCUGAAAAUGUAUUCCACAUACAUCAAAGAAUUUGAUAAGAAUAUAGCUUUGCUGGAUGAGCAGUGCAAGAAAAACCCGGGUUUCGCUGCUGUUGUUAGAGAAUUUGAGAUAAGCCCGCGCUGUGCUAAUCUGGCCCUCAAGCACUACCUGCUCAAGCCUGUUCAGAGGAUCCCCCAGUACAGGCUGCUGCUGACAGAUUAUUUGAAAAACCUUUUAGAAGACUCUGGCGAUUACAGAGAUACUCAAGAUGCUCUUGCUGUUGUUAUAGAGGUAGCCAACCACGCCAAUGACACCAUGAAGCAAGGAGAUAAUUUCCAGAAACUUAUGCAAAUUCAGUACAGUUUAAGUGGACACCAUGAAAUAGUGCAGCCUGGACGGGUUUUUCUCAAAGAAGGUACUCUGAUGAAGCUAUCUCGGAAAGUCAUGCAGCCCCGAGUAUUCUUCCUGUUUAAUGAUGCCCUAUUAUAUACAACACCAGUACAGUCUGGGAUGUAUAAACUGAACAACAUGCUCUCACUGGCUGGAAUGAAGGUUAAAAAACCCACCCAAGAAGCAUAUCAGAAUGAACUGAAGAUAGAGAGUGUGGAACGGUCCUUCAUUCUCUCAGCCAGUUCCGCCACUGAAAGGGAUGAAUGGCUAGGAGCGAUUUCCAGGUCAAUAGAAGAGUAUGCCAAGAAAAGAUUCACAUUUUGUCCCAGUAGGAGUCUCGAUGAGGCUGACUCAGAAAAUAAAGAGGAAGCUAGUCCCCUUGGGUCGAAGGCUCCCAUCUGGGUUCCCGAUACCAGAGCCACAAUGUGUAUGAUCUGCACAAGUGAAUUUACUCUGACCUGGAGGCGACACCAUUGCCGGGCCUGCGGAAAGAUUGUAUGCCAAGCUUGUUCAUCAAAUAAGUAUGGCUUAGAUUACCUGAAAAAUCAACCAGCAAGAGUAUGUGAACAUUGUUUCCAAGAACUACAGAAAUUAGAUCACCAGCACUCUCCUAAGAUCGGAUCUCCUGGAAAUCACAAAUCUCCUUCAAGUGCCUUAUCCUCCGUCUUACAUAGUAUCCCAUCAGGGAGGAAACAGAAAAAAAUUCCAGCUGCUCUCAAAGAAGUAUCAGCAAACACAGAAGAUUCUUCUAUGAGUGGCUAUUUGUACAGAUCAAAGGGCAAUAAAAAACCUUGGAAACACUUGUGGUUUGUCAUAAAAAACAAAGUACUAUAUACAUAUGCUGCAAGUGAGGACGUGGCAGCUUUGGAAAGUCAGCCUUUACUAGGAUUCACUGUCACUCAAGUCAAAGAUGAGAACUCAGAGUCUAGAGUAUUUCAAUUACUGCACAAAAACAUGGUAUUUUAUGUAUUCAAAGCAGAUGAUUCCCACUCGGCUCAGAAGUGGAUAGAAGCAUUUCAGGAAGGCACAAUAUUGUAGCAGUAUUGGUUUCAUCUCUUCUGUGAUUCCAAAAGGGUUGAAUUUCAUCAUAAUGGAGUAAAUGCAGUACAAAAAAAUGUAUAUAAAUGAACACUGCCAAGAUAAAUCCAAACCAUCAAAUAUGAGAAAUUAUAAUUUUUUAAAAUGUUUGUUUUUUCAUGUAUGUUAUUUAUUAAAAUUUUGAUGUUUACUUAAUGGUCAGAGUUACUUCUGAAAUUCACACUGAAUUCUACAGUAACUUUUCUUUAGAAACCAGAGAAGUUAUCUUAACACUGUACACUAUAUUCUGUUUGUGACACAAUCCACACUAUUUUCUCAAUGUUUUUUACAGUAUUACAUUGUAAUAACAUUCUCACUAGUGGUGAGUCUUUGCAAAUAAAAAACACACAUCAAAGAGCAAGUUUCCAUGCAGUGUUUAGUUUAGAAAUUAUAAUUAAACUGCCGAUGACAAAAAUGCAUGUCUUUGAAUCAAUAAACUAUGAUGAUCUUUUUGUAUCUUUUGAUGGAAAAACACGUGGCCAACUUCUACCUCAGUAACUGUGAAAUGAAAUUCCAUUAAAUUAUCUAAAGUAUUUCUACUGUGAUGUACCUCUUUUGGCAUGAGAUAAUGUUACAUCAUCCAGGAAUCAGAGCAAAGGGAUAGAAUCUGAAUUUUUACUUAACUGAACUAUGAGUGGGAAAGAGAUUUUCAUUUGGAGAGGAACACAAAUAAUCAACUCUACAGCCUAUACAUUAAGUCUAAUCUUUUCUUAAAAGCUACCAGUUCAACACAAAUACAAGUGUAUUAUUUUUUUAAAAAGCAAAAUAUGGCAAGCAUUAUAUUAGAUAACGUCCCUUGCUAUUGUUAAGUGUUCUGAGCCCAAGCCAUUGGUGGUAUUUAUAUCUAAAAAGAAUGUUACAUUUCCUAUAAUAUUGUGUUUUAAAAAAUGAACUGGAAUUACCAUAUCAAAAAAGCACAAAUGCUAAGCCAGUAUUAAUUGAAGUUGUAUUUUUUUUGAAGAUUUUUUAAUACCACUCUGUGUUAUUUCUUUCCUAGUAAUUUUUAAAAUAAAAAAAGGCCUUUAUUUCCUUAACCAAUUGUCAGUGUACCUCAUUAGGAAAGACUUAUAUUCAUAAUUCUGGUGCACUUAUUGUUUAUCAUAGAAACUACUUUGUAAAUAAAAUUAUUGAUUCCCAGAAGAAAAAUGAAACUAACACUAUUUUCCAGAUGUCUGUAAUAUACAUUUAUUGACUAAGCUUAAGCUACAUAUAAAUUCUCUUAAGAGGUAAGGUGAUCCAUAGAAUAUUUCAUUCAAGAGCACAAGAAUAUUCCUUUCUUUUACAUAAAGGACUUCCUAAUUCACUGUGAUAUUUGUGAUUGCCAAGAGAAUUAGAGUGCCUUUUUGAAGACUUUUGCAUGUUGUUUGUUACAGCACCAGAGUCCCUAUUAAAUCUAGAGUUGGCCGCUGUGGUCUUUUCUGGCUAUUGCUUCUUAUGGAAUCAUUGUAAACCCUGUUGCAACCUCACACACAAAUUCACAUGCUAUCUCCCAAGUCUUUCUGCUACUAUAGGUAAACUAGUACUUCUUUGCAGCUUAAUCAAGGUGGCGUAAAUUAGGCUUCCAUGUUAAAAUCCCUGCAGUUUUCAGUGUAUGCUUUUUGGAGACCAAGGUUAUACCUUAUAAAGUAUUUCCUUCUGCUUCAUUGGGGCUAGCAUUUUGCAAAACAUUAAGCUAUUUGGAGUUCUCCCUCCUCUUGAGUUCUUAACCCCACUACAAGAUUUCACUUAAACCUCACAAUCUUAAAAAACAUCAGCCAGGCUAUUCUACCUUCCAACAGCUGGCUGAGUCUAGAACCAGUUAUAAAUCUAAAUAGAAGCAACACUGCACAGACUUCUAGUAAUUCUAAUUACAUGUGAAACUCAUGUAUGAAACUCAUGGGGCUUAGCCCCAUGGAGGGUGUUUUAUAAAAAGCCUUUUGAGGGAGCUAUCAGAUUACCUCCCCCCAUACUCUCCAUAAAGAUGUUUUAAAUGUGGAAUUGUAUUACAUUCCCUUUCCCCUUAUCAAUCCUCAUAACUUACUAAAGCUGAUCAAUUAUUUAUUUAACCUGGCUCAUUCAAUGUUAACUGAGAAACCUAAUUAUAUACAUUUUAUUGUAAAGCUACUUUGAAAAAUAUCUUGAUAGCUAACAUUUUAAAGAAAAAAAAAGGUAUUUAUUGGGUGCAUUCUGUAAAUGAGGAAAUAUAAAUAGUACCUAGGUCCCAGGAAUAAUGUAUGUAUGACACUGAUACACGUGCUUCCAUCAAACCCUUUCAGUAUCUCCUUUUAUUCAUAAGGAGGAGAAAGAGCAGUUAUAAAACUAAGCCAAAAAGGAUGCUGGGAGUAACCCAGACAAGAGGCCAGGCUAAACCAGGGGAAAGCUGGCGUUCUGACUGUGUUAGCCUCCCAGUGUUCCUCCUUUAUCUGUGGCAGCUGUCAGUGUAGAGUACCCACCAGAGCCCUAGGAAAGUGAGAAAGCUUAUCUAUGGCAUCACCCCACAUUUCUGAACCUCUCCAACCUCUUACCCUGUGCCUUAAUAUGUUCAGUAUCCUAUUGUUCUUAGCCCAAGAUACUUAUUUCUUCGUCAAACCAAAAGUUUGAGUAUGUAAUGGCAUUUCUUAAAAUGAGAUCAUCAGAGCAAACUUUGUUUAAUAUAAAGCUAUAAUGAAACAGCUACGUGAAGAAAAAAUGAAAAGCUUUGUUAGGCAAAUGUGUUUUUAUAUUUGAUUGGUAGAAUAUAUCCAGAAAUAGGGAAAGCCUGCUAUUUAGUAACUUAAUUAAAAUGUAAAUAGCAUAUAUCGAUAUCUUGGGGCAUGCUUUCGUUGUACUCAGUUUUUGAUGUUUGAAGUCUUUUGGAGUCAAUGGCAUUUCCAGAGAGAUAAAUCCUAUUUCUCUUACUAUACUGUACACUCCUUGAAGGCAGGUACUAUGUCUAAUAUAUCGGUUUCUCAUAAAACACCUACCCUGUGUUUUAAGAGAAAAUAUUUGUUGAAUAUUGUUGGAAUGUGUUUCUUCUACACGUGAAGACAGGAUUCUUGUCAUCUACAACAGAAACACAGCCCCCAAAAUGCCCUCACUAUUCCUCAGGUCUUAGACCUACUCUUUCCAUCAUCCUGUAAGGCCCUAUUUGCAACUAAGAAGGACAUCUACACAAGUCCUUAAUUUAAGCAUUUUAAACUUUACAUUAGUAAAACCAGCUAACUUUCUUUUCAUUCAAAUCUGCUUCUUUUCUUCUGAACUGGAAAAACACCCUUCUAGGCUCCAGAAUCUGCCUCCAGGUCUCAGCAGGACCCUCUGCAAUUGCUCUUGUAUCCUUUCCAUCUUCGCUGCCCUUCUAUUAUUGCGUCAACCCUGGCUCAAGUCCUUGCUACCUCUUCCCAAUGACUGGAAUAACGUUUCUUCUCAUUCCAGUUCCUUCUUUGCAUGGUCCCAUUUUAAACACUGCCAGAGCCAUCUUUUAAAGCAUAGCUCUAGUUUCAUCCGGGCUCUUUGUAACCUUCAUGGGCUCCCCAGUGGCUUGGCAUGGAACACUUUUCCCUCAGGUAUCAUACACUCCAGCUAACCCCAACCCAGCCUUGCUCGGUUCACACUUUUUUCUCACACUCCUCCACUGCCAUUUCUGCCUAUUUAUUCAAGACUUCUCUGUGAAGCUGAUCCUAGUCCUUUUUGUACCCUAUUCCUUCAGACUAGAUCUAGUCUUUCCUUCCUCUAUGCCCUAUAACUUUUACCUCCUAAACAAACUUUCUUAUGGUGCUAAUUACAUUCUAUCCUUGAGAACAACAACUGUAUCUUGUUCAUUUGAGAUUCCCCUCAGCAUCUGGCAGAAUGUCUUGCAUGCACUGGAUAUUCAAUAUUUGUGUGGUGAAUUAAAUUAAUUGUGUUUUGGUUUUUUUUCAGUGCAUCCAAUGCACAAAUAUCAUUCUGGAGCCUCUGCCACUUUUAAUGUUAUUUUAUAAAGGAAAAUCUUAUCUAUAACUUUUCCCCCUUUAAAAGUGAUACCUAAUUUCUAGGUUUUUUUUAAAGAUAAAGGUGGUAGUAAAUUUUCAAAAAGGCUCAAUAUAUCAAAUUCCCCUUUUUUGAGGGGAGGAGGGAGGGAUGAAGAGGGGCAGCCUUUUAUGAGUUGAUCAUACCAUGUUAAGAACCAAUCUUGAAAUGCUAUUGUUUUUUUAUUUCUAGAAAACACUUUUUACUUAAAGUGAUGUUUUUAUCUUAUUGUCCAUAUAGAGAUAUAGAUCCUUUAUAAAUAAAAUGUUAGCAUUGUAAAUAAUGUUAAUAUGUAUUAUAUUUAUACAAAAUAAAUUCCUAUCUACUUUUGGUGUGA